UUUUGUGCCCGCCCCCUCCGCUAACUGGCAGGUUACUCCGUCCCAACGCAGUAGGCGAAGGCGGCGGUGAUGGCGGCGGGGAUAGUGGCUUCUCGCGGACUCCGCGACCUACUGACCCGACGACUGACAGCCUCCAACUACCCGGGACUCAGUAUUACCCUUCGCCUCACUGGCUCCUCUGCACAGGAGGAGGCUUCCGGAGUAGCCCUCGGUGAAGCCCCAGAUCACAGCUAUGAGUCCCUUCGUGUGACGUCGGCGCAGAAACAUGUUCUGCAUGUCCAGCUCAACCGGCCCAACAAGAGGAAUGCCAUGAACAAGGUCUUCUGGAGGUCUGACCUGCAGAUCCUGGAGGCCUGCCUGCGGGGGGAGGCGGGGCUUGCGAGACUGGGUGAAAGUGGAACGUUGUGGGAAGAUGAACAUGAGGGCAGGAUAUUCCCACCCUUUUGUUGCCAUUGCUUUUGUGCCCCCGCCUCCUUGCGCGAAGUGCGCAGGCUCCUGGGCCGGGCUCGGGUUCUGCCCGGGGACGCAGCCCAGUUGGCAGCGUCGCUCCCUGAGCGCUUCUAA